GUUAAAUUUUCUAUGAAUCCUACACACAUUUCACAAUUUUUAUGUAAGAAAAAUUGAACGGAUUCUAACCUUAAUUUUGAUAUAAAGUCAGUAUGAAAAUGGAGGAAUUUCUCAGAGAGUCCAAAUCUGCUUUAAAUAAAUUAGAUGAGUUCACGAAAGUUAAAGUAAUCUUAGGAAAUGAAACUUGUGAUCUAGAUUCAGCUGUUUGUUCUUUAACUCACGGAUUGUGGCAUUAUGAUAAUUUAAAGAACAAGAAUAUCCAGGAUGUAGCUGUUAUACCUGUUUUAAAUAUCAAGAAAAAUGAAUUGAAAUUAAAAACAGAAGUAGUUUAUCUUUUCAAUGAACACCAAGUUCCAUUAGAAUUAUUAACAUUUCGAAAUGAAAUCGAUUUAAGUGACUUGAAUAAACGACAGAUGUUGGAAUUAAGUCUUGUGGAUCACCACACGUUGAGCGAUUACGACACGUCGUUGGCAGACGCAGUGUUAGAAGUAAUCGAUCAUCGACCUCAGGACCCGAAUUGGAUGUGGACAGGUCGCGAUGUUAAUCUGGAAAAGGUCGGCAGCUGUGCCACCCUUAUCGCUAGAAAUAUAUUGGAAAAAAAUCCAAAACUGCUGGACUUUCAUAUCUCCAGUUUGUUGAGAGGACCGAUUCUGAUAGACACGUGCAAUUUUUCCGAGUCAGCGGCACGUGCAACUCCACUUGAUAUCAAAGUCACUCGAGAGUUAGAGAAGAUCAUAGAUACUUGUUCAUCCACCAAGCAAGACAGUAAAGAUGAAAUUUAUUCAAGAAUUUUAAGUGCAAAGACUGACAUUGGUUGUUUGUCGUCUGAAGAUCUCCUUUUAAAGGACUUAAAGUUUGUCAACGGAAUACCUAUACCUGGCUUACCUAUACUCGUAAAGGAAUUCUUGAAUUUAAAUGGCGCCUUGGAAGCUGUGAAUGCGUUUACAAGGGAGCGAGAAUGCUGCCUCACGAUUCUUUUGGGGAUGGAUUUAAAGGAAAACGUGGCGAAGCGAGACCUGGCUGUAUUCUCUUUCUUGCCCAAUGAUCUGGAAAAUAAAAUUACAAAAGCACUAGAGGAAAGUAGUGUUGCAAAGUUGUCACUAUUGGAGAGUACAUCGAAAGAAAACUGGAGUUUGAAGCUGUAUAAACAAGAGAACGUGCGGGCGACACGGAAGCAAAUACUGCCAAUUAUACAAAGCGCAUCAGCUGGUAUACAAUGUUGACCGUGUCCUCUAGUAGUAUAUACCACUUUCAGUAAUAUAAACAUUAAACUUUGUAUUAAGUUAA